AUGGUGAAGGAGAGCCUGCCCAGCUGGGUCCAUCGGGACUCAGAUGAGGGCCUGGUCCAUGUGAAUGUUGGGGGGCUGAAGAGGAGCCUGUGUCCCAGCACUUUGAGGAAGUUUCCAGACACAAGACUGGGAAAACUGCUGGCCUGUGACUCUGAGGAGGCUAUACUACAGGUGUGUGAUGACUACGACGUGCAGCAGAAGGAGUUUUAUUUUGACAGAAACCCCGGCCUGUUCCCAUAUGUCCUUCACUUCUACCAGACCGGGAAACUGCACAUCAUGGAUGAGCUGUGUGUCUUCUCCUUUAGCCAGGAGAUAGAGUACUGGGGCAUCAAUGAGUUUUUCCUGGACAGUUGCUGUAGUUACCGUUACCACGACCGCAAGCUAGAGAGCAGCCGUCACCACAGUUGGGACGAUGAGAGUGACGUCAGCAGCGUGGCCACCUCUGUCGACGAGAUAUCUGACUUAAACAGAGACAUCCAGCAAUUCCAGCAGAUGCGUUUCGGCAACAUCAGGAAGUGUCUGUGGCUGACUCUGGAAAACCCUGGCUACUCAAUUCCCAGUAAGCUGUUCAGUCUGCUCUCCAUUGGGGUGGUGCUCACAUCCAUCGCCACCAUGUGCAUCAACAGUAUACCGGAGUACCAGACUUUUGACGCUGAUGGAAAGCUAAUAGAGGACCCCACCAUGCAGGCUCUGGAGAUCUUCUGUACCUGCUGGUUCACCUUCGAGGUGGUGACACGGCUGGUCCUGGCGCCUAACAGGAGGAAGUUCUUCCAUCACCCUUUGAACAUGAUUGACAUGGUGUCUGUGUUUCCUAUCUACAUAACCCUCAUCUUCGACAUGACUCUGGGGUCAGAAUCAGAGCUGGGAGACCUGGGACGACUGAUACAGGUCUUUAGGCUGAUGAGGAUCUUCAGAGUACUGAAGCUGGCCAGACAUUCGACAGGGCUUCGCUCACUGGGAGCAACACUCCGGCACAGUUACCGUGAAGUGGGGAUACUGCUGCUCUACCUCGCUGUAGGAGUCUCCGUCUUCUCUGGCAUGGCCUACACUGCUGAAUAUGAGGAGGAUGUUGGUUUGGACACCAUCCCAGCCUGCUGGUGGUGGGGUACGGUCAGCAUGACCACGGUGGGAUAUGGGGAUGUGGUACCCGUCACGGUCGCUGGUAAGCUGGCAGCAAGCGGCUGCAUUCUUGGUGGCACCCUGGUGGUGGCCUUGCCCAUUACCAUCAUCUUCAACAAGUUCUCCCACUUUUACCGCAAGCAGAAAGCUCUGGAGGCGUCGGUGAGGAACAACAACAGGCGAAAGCUGAAGGUGAGACUGGAGAGUAACAAAGAUGAAGAUGAGGAAGAUGCCUCAGAGGGGGAUAGCUGCUGUCUGGAUGAUGAUGAUGAUGAUGAUGAAGAGGAUGAUAUAGACUAUGAGGAUGAUGGAGGCGUGGUGAAUUAUAGCUACGUGGAAUACCCGUCUUACAUGACAUCAAUAGGGAAAAAGGAGUUAUAUCAACUUUGAAGACUGGACUAAGUUGAACAUAGGUGAAAAGAAGUAAAAUAACAUAAUUAAACUCAACUAAACUUAAUGGAUUAAAUGGA